GUCAGUGGCGUACGAAACAUGGCGGCUCCCAACGAGUUGAGACAUUUCUCUCAAUUUUAAAGUUUUAGUGUUCAAUUCUGGACGAUGAUACAUAAUAAGGACAAGAUGGAGAAACUGUUGUCAUCUGCUGAAGAAAAAAGGAGGGUGGAGGAAGAGAUCGCGGAAGAGGAGCAAGAAGAAGAAGCUGAAGAGGGAGACAAAGAUGAUGAUGAAGAAGAGGGGGAGGAAGAUGAUGAAGAAAAACAAAGUAGAGAUGAUAAAGAAAAGGAAGAGGAGGCCACAGAUAAAACUGAGAAAAAUAUUCCUCUGCCUGCUCAACCUAAAGAGCAGGCUGGUGUCCUGAACCUCAACAAUGAGGUGGUGAAGAUGAGGAAGGAAGUGAAGAGGGUGAGAGCUUUGAUCAUCAGGAAGCUGACACGACAGAUUGGUGCCCUGAAGAAGAAGAAGGGGAAAGAAAUGGAAAUUGAGAGGAGUCAGAGAAGAGCUGCUAGACUGCUAGAGGAGAUCCAUGCCUUGAAGGUGCUCUCACCAGACCUGGUGACCAAGACAGCCUUGCAGAAGAAUCUCAACUUUGAACAGGUGUGUAAAAAUCCCAAGUCUACUAUUUCUGAUCGGGCCAUAGCACGCAUCGCCACCCACCCUCAGUUUAACAAGAAGAUCGAGAACAUCAAAGCUGCUGUUGAAGCCUUCAAAGAGGAGAGGAUGAAGGGUGGAAAGCAGGGAGGAAAGGAAACGGUGCAAAAUAAAACUAGAAAGGUAAACCCUCAGUCACCAGACAAAAGGGAAGAAAGAAAGAGUGAGAAAGAAGAAGAGGACAUUGCAGUGCAGCUUAAGGAAAUGUCGGACGAUGAAGAAGGAGACUGUAUCCUCAAAGACACUGAAGAUGCAACUUUAGCUAAACCUGAGAAGGACACAAGUAAAGCAGUUCAUUCAGAUGACGUGGCUGAUGUUCAAAAGAAAGAAAUACCAGCGUCUAAGAGUGUAACAACAGCAUCAACAAAAAGUAGUGAAGUAAAGGACAUUGUGAAAAAUGCACCUCAAAGUAAAGAUGCAGGAAAGAAACUCACCCCUGCAGUGCUUCAGAAAAAGCAAGAUGAAGAAGAGAGUGAUUUAGAGUCAUCGGAUGAGGAAGAGAAAGAAUACUUUGAUGACAGCACAGAGGAACGUUUCCAUAAGCAGUCGUCCCAGUCAGAGGAGAGCGAUGACGACUUCUUUUUAGGAAAAGUGAGCAAAUUCAAAAAGAAGAAGCCAAAUAGCAUAGAAGGGGAGAGAAAGGUGGAUAAGGGGGCUGAAGUGAAAGGGGAAUCUGCAGAUAAGCUGAAAGCUACAGACAAAGUCCAGAGGGAGCUUGAUGAGCUGGAGUCCAGGCUGAAGUCUAAAGCCACCUCGCUUCAGUCUGUUUUCUGUACUUCCCUCUCUGGGUCUAAGCAGAGUAGAGGUGGAGGUGCAGGCAGAGGGAGAGGUGGGGAUAAAUUUAGGGACCAAAAGAAACCAAUGGGUGGCAGUGGUUUAAACAGAGAUUUUAGUAAACAAUCCAAGUUCCAGAAGCAUGUUACAGGAACAGAAAGAAAUUCAGGGCCCAAGUACAGCAAGCCCUGCCCUGAAGGCAGAGGGAGGGGACGAGGACGAGGACGAGGUGGAGGUGAUGUUAUGAGGCAAAAGGUUCACACAGGUGGAGGUGCCUUUUCCCAGCAGGCAACACAGCAGGCAUUGCAUCCAUCCUGGGAGGCCAGUAAAAAAAGAAAGGAGCAGCAAGGACAAAUCCUGGCCUUCCAGGGUAAGAAAAUCAAGUUUGAUGAUGACGACUGAUCCUACUUUGUUUGCUUGUAAUUGCACAUACUUGGUUGAGUGACUCACAUUUUUUUUUUGGUGAUCCAUUCUGUCUGGUGUACUAGUUAGAUGUAAAGCUUGUCACUUAUGUUCUGUGACAGUGUUUUAAAGGGUGUAAACUGUUGUAUUAUCCCUGUGACUAAAAAGACAUGAUAUUUCUUUAUAAAACAUCAAUAGAAGUUUGUUGUUAAAAUAUUUUGAUUUGCUAUGCUGUAUGUUUACCUGUAUGUUUACCACGGAUUGAGGAACAAGUCAUUUGUAAGGAUGUGCUAUAUAAUUGCGCUAAAAAUUGAAAGCAGUGGUGUUUGAUGUUUUUUUUAUUGAAUGUUUUAACUUGUACACAGUUCUUUGACUGGCACAGUUCCACUAAUAUGACAUAAACCAUGUCUUCUUAUCAUGGUAGUUAGUGUACACAUUAUAUGAAACUGAUGUAUGGUGAUACACAUGAGUAUCCAUGGCAGGAAGACCAUAAACCAAAUGAUUUCUCUUG